AGUCCAGUGGGGACUUGUCUGUUGUGACCUGGGGACGCCCAGUGUCUGCCUGUUGUGACCUGGGGACGCCCAGAGUCUCCCUUGGUAUGGGGCAGGGACAGAGUACAGCCGGCAGGGUACAGUGUACACCUUUAGAAUGCAUUCUGGUGAACUGGAAGGUGUUUGGAUCUGAUCAGUUGAUUAAAAGUAAAUUGAAAAGGUUCUGUACAGUUGAUUGGCCUCAGUACCAGCUAGAGUGCCAAGAAAGGUGGCCACCGGAAGGAUCACUUAAUUACAACACGAUCCUUCAAUUGCUUUUGUUUUGUCAGAGAACCGGUAAAUGGAAUGAACAUCUCUAUGCGUAUACGUUUAUGGCGUUAAGAAAUAGGACUGAUAUUUUGCUCAAGUGCCAUUUGACUCCGACAGGCUUGGUAGUAACGGCUGCUAAACCCCAGAACCCUCCCACUGUUGUAAUGCCAGAAUCGGUGUCCCCUUCGGCUCCUCCACCCCCACAGGCUUCAGAGAGUACCCCCCCCCCCCCCCCGUGGGAUUGUAUCCGUUGAUUACUGAGAGUGUGGUAGCCCGUCCGGGAACUCAGGAACGGCCAGCUCAGAUAGUAUCUGUCUACUCGCAUGUACCUUUUGACCCUGUACAUCUAGCUGAUUUUAAGGCAGAGGCAGGAGAAUUCUCAACGAAUCCAAGCAAGUUCAUUUCUAUCUUUGAAGGAUGUCUAGCUAGUCAUAAGCCUGACUGGGAUGAUUGUAAUAUACUUAUGAGAACCCUGUUGUCUGAAGUGGAGCGGAAUCAGGUCAUAGCCAAAGCCAGGGAGGAGGCACAGAGAAGGCAUUUAAGGUUUAAAGGGAAAGCUAUUGGACACCAGAAGUUGUACAGAGUGGAAUCCUCAGAAGUGAGUGUGCUCAUCCUGGUUUGUUGCUUCAAAGCUCUGUACAGAAAGUAUGUUACUGGAAAGGUGUAUGAUGGCAAUGAGUAUGUGUUAAUGGUUGGAGAAGAGGUGUAUGAGUGAAGAGUGGAAGGUUCCUUUGGAAGUUAGAAGAAGCCAAGAAAGGGAGAAGGAAAAGCACAGAAUGAGUUAACUGAGAGGAAAAUACAGCUAGCAGGUUUAAUCCAAGGACGUUGUACGCAGCUAAGACUUUGCUGACAAUCAAGAGAAAGGGGGGGCCUGAAUGUGCCCAAGCAACUGUGAGAUCUGCAAAAUACUGCAAGGCAUAAUGAAGACAAACGAAGGGUUAAAAGGCAGCUUUGUUGGACAGUAUGGGCUCAAGGAUUUAAAAAUUCCCCCACUCUGUUUGGACAGGCUUUGGCCAGAGACUUGGAGGAGUGGGAUAAUUCAGACAGAGCCCUCCUGCUGCAAUAUGUAGAUGACUUGUUAAUUGCUGCUGUGGGUCUAAUCCCUUGUCUCAGAGCUACUGUGAGUCUCCUAAACUUUAUUGGACUGCGAGGAUACAGGGUAUCUCAAAGCAAAGCCCAAAUUGCUCUUUCAGAGGUUCAAUAUCUGGGAUUUCACAUCAGGCAGGGAGAGAGACAGCUCUCAAACGAAAGGAAGGAGGCUAUCUGCCAAGUUCCCAUCCCCAGCAACCGUAAACGGCUUAGGGCAUUCCUGGGCAUGGCAGGUUUUUGCAGAAUAUGGAUUCCAGAGUUUGGACUGUGGGCUAAACCUCUGUAUGAAUGUGUUAAGGGAGAGCAACAUGACCCCUUUCACUGGUCCCCAGAAGCGGACAGGGCAUUUAAAAUCUUGAAAAGGAAGCUAAUGGAAGCUCCAGCCCUGGGUUUGCCCGAUAUAUCUAAGCCGUUCCAACUGUAUGUGCAUGAACGAAAAGGAGUAGCUUUGGGAAUGCUUACCCAGCUAUUAGGUGCCUGGAAACGUCCUGUGGCAUACCUUUGUAAACAACUGGAUCAAGUUUCAAAGGGAUGGCCAGCCUGUUUGAGGGCGGUCGCAGCUACUGCUCUAGUGCUUGGGGAAGCUGAAAAACUGACACUGGGAGGAACUGUGCAAGUGUAUGUUCCCCAUAUGGUCCGAGCCUUGCUGGACACUAAGGGUGGUCUUUGGCUCACACAGGCUCGGGUUGCUCGGUACCAGGCGAAGCUGUUAGAGAAUCCUGAAGUCACCCUGCAGACCUGUCCCUCCCUUAAUCCAGCUACACUGCUACCAGAGACAGAAAAGCAGGAACAUGACUGUUUAGAAAUCAUAGAUGUUCAGUAUUCUAGCCGCCUAGAUCUAAAAGAUCAGCCACUCCCAAAUGCUGACUUGGAAUGGUAUACGGAUGGCAGUAGUACUGUUGUAGAUGGGCAAAGGAGGGCUGGUUAUGCUAUUGUGUCUCUUCAUGAUACCGUGGAAGCUGAGAGUUUACCGGCAGGAACAUCUGCCCAGCUUGCUGAACUAGUGGCCCUGACUCAUGCACUUGAGCUGGCAAAAGACAAACGGGUUAAUAUCUUUACUGACUCGAAGUAUGCUUUUGGGGUAUUGCAUGCUCACGCUGGUUUGUGGAAGCAAAGGGGAAUGCUAACAGCCCAAGGCUCCCCGGUCAAGCAUGGGUCUCAAAUUCUCCGGCUGUUAGAAGCAGUACAACUCCCCUCAGCAGUAGCAGUGGUGCAUUGCAAAGCCCAUCAAAAGGGAAGAUCAAGAUGUAUCCAAGGGUAAUGCCAGAGCAGACAGGGAAGCUAAACGAGCUGCUACCCUGAAAUCAGCAACUGAGGAGAAUGCCCAAAUGCAUGCCCUCAUCCCAUCAGUGGGUGAGCUUGCAGCCCCUCAGUACUCCCAAGAGGACAGAAACCUGGCUGACAGUCUCGGUCUCCAGGAAAAAGAGGGAUGGCUUUAUUCCACAGAGGGAAAAAUCCUCCUGCCCAAGGGCCUGAUUCGACCAGUGUUGCAGAAACUGCAUCAGACCACACACGCAGGCAGAGAGGCUCUUACCCAGCUCAUGAAUAAAUAUUUUCUAACCUCCGGACUUAAACCCCUAGCGUGACAGGUACAAGCUGAAUGUUUAAUCUGCCAAAAGAAUAACCCUCGACCAGGAGUAGCAGUGCCACCAGCCACCCUGGAACCUACCCCAGGCCCAGGAUUGGUGUGGCAAAUAGACUUUACUGAGUUUCCCAGGACCCAAGGGUACAGGUACCUUCUCGUCUUAGUGGAUCGAUUCAGUGGAUGGCCUGAGGCCUUCCCAUGUCGCAACAACACUGCCAAGACAGUGGCUCUUAAGUUUGUCAAGGAGAUCAUUCCUCGCUUCGGCCUUCCUCAGUGGAUGGAAUCUGAUAAUGGAACACACUUCACAUCUCAAGUGGUUCAAAAGAUAUCAAGUGCUCUGCAAAUCCCCUGGAAGCUCCACACACCCUGGCGACCACAAGCCAGUGGAGUAGUGGAACGCACAAAUCAGACACUCAAGCGACACCUCUCAAAGGUCUGUCAGGAGGCCUCUCUUAAGUGGCCUGAUGCCUUGCCCCUUGUGUUACUUCGCAUUCGUGCUCUCCCUAAGGGUAGGAUAGGGCUUAGUCCCUUCGAGAUUAUGUUUGGAAGAGCAUGGCCUAUGAAUGGUACCCCAGUUCUGGCAGGGGAGUGGGAAAUGGGGUGUGGUUUCUUGUCUCAGUACAUGUGCUCUCUGUCUGCUGUUCUUUCUUCUCUUCACAGGUAUACCAAAGAUUCACAGCCUCUUCUGCUGGAUACUCCAGUCCACUCCCUGCAGCCUGGUGACUCCGUUCUCGUGUGGACCUGGAAGGACGAGCCUCUUCAAGAGAAGUGGAAAGGACCCCACACUGUCCUGCUUGUCACCCAUACAGCGGCAAAGGUCGAAGGGCACAAGAACUGGAUUCAUCACUCUCGACUGAAAGCAGUGCCCGCUCCUAAACAGUGGACUGUCCAGCCUGCGGAGAAGACUGCUAACGACGAUUUGGGACUUAAGCUGUUAUUCAAAAGACAGUAAGGGUCACUGGGAAUGCGUUGUGAUCGUUCUGAACAGUCACAGCAUACUCCCCGCGAGAACCCUGAGCAUUGGUUUUAUUUUCUCACAGAAGGCCGACCUGGCCUAUGUAUUUGGUCUUGUUAUUUUUUGACUUGUUUAGUGUCAACAAUUCUUCUUAUCUUCUGGGCAUUUGGGUUGUUGUAAUUGUAUGUGCCCUUAUUGGAGAAGAGUGUUGCACCUAUGUCCCAGAGUUUUCACAGGACAUUAACAAGCACAUCUUGUCAGCUGAACGGGCCUUUAACCAGUGGAAGGCCCAGGAAGGAGAACCCACUAUUUUGGAUUCCCUUUGGGGUUGGAUACCUGGUUUAGGAGAACUAGGGGAUAUAGGGGGAAACAUUGUUCACAUCUUGCUCACAGGUGUUGUGGUAUGUUUUGUUCUUGUUCUUUUGCGCAUUUGCUGUAAAGUGCUCAUACGUAAGAUUUGUACCUCCCAUACCCCAGAAGUUCCCUUAUACCCUCUCAUUGAUAAUCCUGAUUGCAUGGAGCUUAAUCACAUUUUGUCUUUAGAGUAUGAGAAAACUCUGACAAAGGUUUGUUGAGUGUUCUCAAAGGAGGGAUUGUUGGGGUCCACUAGGCAUAGCUACCAGGUAACUCGGGAGAGUGGAAGGCCACAAGUGCCGAUGAAGCUCUUUUGCUCUGGGCCUAUCUGAACCCCCAAACUCCAUCUUGGGAACUCUCACCUACUUCUAUGCUAACUGCUUACAUGCUCUGAAGUAGGCUGAAGCAGAAAUGUAUUGGUCAGCGUUUCUAGCAGAUGGCUGCAGUUUCACUCACCCUAGCAGAAAUAAUAGAGAUAAGAAGCGGGGUAGUUAGUUUGCAGGCGUCUAACUCAAGGUCGCAAAGAUUGAGAAAGUUUUCUCACAAGCUUAUGUAGAGCUUAUUGUAACAGUUGUCUGGAAGGAAGGGGUAAGGGGAACAGCCAGACAAAGAGAUGUAUGUAAACAGUUUGGAGUAUAAAAGGUAAAAGUUGUUUGUAUUUGUUGCACUGGAUUUGAGACAUGCUGGUCUCCUAGUGCCAUUUCAGAGCUCUGAAAUAAACUUGGCUUGCUUUCUC